UCAGAGAGAGAGACAGAGAGGCAGUGACUGUCUCUUCUCAGCCGCACACUUCUGAGAGAGUCCACUGGUUUAGUCGCUGGUAGACGUAAAUGCCACUGAAUGUGUGCGAGCGAGUGAGUGUGUGUAUGUGUCCGGGUGAGUGUGUGUGUGUGUGUGUGUGUGUGUGUGUGAGAGAAAAGAGAGCUAGAAAGAGAGAGAGAGACAUGUCUGAGGAGGAAUACUUGUAAUAUUGGACUUCACGCGGACAUGGACCAGCACAGUGCAGCUCUGGAUAUCUCCACCAGGAAUCCUCAGGAUGAUUUUGAGAUCCUGCUGAGAGUCGGCGGGGGAACCUACGGAGAAGUGUACAAGGCACGGAACAAGCAGAAUGGAGAGCUGGCAGCCAUCAAGGUCAUCAAGAUGGAGCCAGAGGAUGAUUUUUCCAUCAUCCAGCAGGAGAUCGUCAUAGUAAAAAGCUGCAAACACCCCAACAUAGUGGCAUAUUAUGGCAGCUACAUACGAGCCAAUAAACUGUGGAUUUGUAUGGAGUUCUGUGGAGGAGGCUCCCUCCAGGAUAUCUACCAUGUAACGGGUCCUCUGUCUGAGCCACAGAUAGCCUACAUCUGCAGGGAGAUGCUACAGGGCCUGGAUUACCUGCAUGCACAGAAGAAAAUCCAUCGAGAUAUCAAGGGUGCCAACAUCCUCCUCAAUGAUCAGGGCGAGGUCAAGCUGGCUGACUUUGGGAUCUCAGCUCAGAUCACUGCCACUCUGGCCCGGCGGAUGUCCUUCAUUGGGACGCCAUAUUGGAUGGCGCCAGAGGUGGCAGCGGUGGAGAUAAAAGGCGGCUACAACGAACUGUGUGACAUCUGGUCUGUGGGCAUCACAGCUAUAGAGCUGGCAGAGCUGCAGCCGCCAAUGUUUGAUGUCCAUCCUCUGCGCGUCCUGUUUCUCAUGUCCAAAAGUGGCUACCAGCCUCCUAAACUGAAGGACAAGUCUAAAUGGUCGUCCACUUUUUACAACUUUGUCAAGGCCAUGUUGGUGAGGAACCCGAAGAAGAGACCCAGCGCCUCCAAGAUGCUCUCGAAUGGAUUUUUGACCCAGCACUGUCUGAACCAGGAGCUGACCCUGGACCUGCUGGAGAAGUUCCACCACCCUGAGAAACUCAAGAACUGCCUGGCAACAGAGGACGAGGAGAUGGAGGUGGCAGUUCCUGGAUCUUUAAGGAGGAUCCAGUCUAUCAACAAACACAACCAGGCAGAAAGGACAAACUCUGACAUAAGCUUGGAUUUUCAGCAGAUCUACACUCGGAGGACUUUGACGAAAGACUCACCAAAUGUAACGUUAAGGCCUUCACGGGGAUCGACCAACAGUAGCAAGAGUCCAGGGAGGGAUGAGGACACAGACUCGGACGACGACUACGAUGACGUGGAUAUCCCUACGAUACAAGCCACGAGUGACACAGCUGAUGACAUCCCGCCUCCACUUCCCCCAAAGCCCAAAGCGCGGUCCAGCUCGGAAGAGAGCAUCGCGGGGGACGAUGAUCGGGCCAGGAAACCCUGCUCUCUGUAUACCCCCGCCCUUCUCAGGACCUCCAGCGGGACGCACGUCCGUCCCACACUCCAACCACGCUCCACACGACACUCUGACCCUGCGUCCUUAUAUGUCCAGUCAAAUGUCAACCCGCCAGACCUCCUUCCUCCUGAGCUUCCUCCUAAAGGCAUACGCAGACGGCAACCCCUAUCGAAGGACCUGUUUGCCGAGAGUGUGAGCCCCGUCAUGAAGAAACCGCCCGUCUGCUUUAAAAAGAUCUUCCAUGGCUGCCCUCUUAAAAUCAACUGCUCCACGACCUGGGAAAACCCAGCUACCAAAGACCAGCAUCUGAUCCUGGGGGCAGAGGAGGGGAUCUACACUCUCAACCUCAACAGCUCAGAGACCACGAUGGAGCUGUUGUAUCCCGGGAAGUGCACCUGGGUCUACACCAUUAAUAACGUGCUCAUGUCCGUAUCAGGUAAAUCACUGCAGCUUCACUCCCAUUCACUGAAGGAGUUGUAUGAACAGGCUCGCAAAGACCAGAGGAUGGUUGCCUUGCCGACUCACAGACUGUUGCCUAGGAAACAUGCGGUGACGUGUAAAAUCCCUGAUACGAAAGGCUGCAAGACCUGUUCAAUUGGUAACUUGCAGCGAGGCUGUGUGUUCCUGUGCUGUGCUCUGGAGUCCAGCGUGGUGCUGCUGCAGUGGUAUGAGCCCAUGCACAAGUUCAUGCUCAUUAAGCAUUUCGACUUCCCUCUUCCCAACCCCCUGCGGGUGUUUGAGAUGGUUGUGGCGCCCCAGCAAGAGUACCCGCUGGUGUGUAUCGGUGUGUCUCGGGGCUCCAGUCCCAACCUGCCAGUCAAUGUGGAAUACAUGAACCUCAACUCCAACACGUCCUGGUUCACCAACUCCGGCCUGGAAAAACCAUGCCCAGCCGCAGUGCAAGUAAACCAGUUGGACAGUAGCUCACUCCUCGUCCUCUUAGAAAAGUCAGCACAUAUAGUUGACCUGAAGGGAGAGCAGAAGAGCAGCAGGCCUCUGACAUAUGAGACCACCUUCUCUCAUGACGUCGAGUCCAUAGUGUAUUUCGAGGACACACUGUUGGCGGUGUGGCGUCACGGCUGGCAGAGGAGAGGACAAGGUUUCACCGAGGUGCUGGAGGAAACCACCGACCCCAGGAAGACCUACAGAUUGGUGCAGUCAGACAGGAUGGUGAUUCUGGAGACUCGUCUCACGGAGGACCAGUCAGGGCUGUCCAACCUGUACAUCCUGGAAAAUGCAGAGAGCUACGUAUUGCUGGCCUGACUCUCCUGUCUGCUGGCAUACAGUAGGGCAUCGUGGGAAAACGCCGUACUCUUCUACACGGAUGCCUCUACCUGGGAAUUGCAGCAUUCAAUGGGAGGAGGAUGGACAAGGGGGGCAACCACAUUUGGGUUUGUGAUCAUCUGUAAUCAUUAACUUUGAUGGGCAUGGCUGCGUCCCUGCCACAGUAUUUCCCUCAAUCUGGGGGAGUGAUGCUCUUUUAAAUCCUCAUUCCCUACUUGGUUUAUGAGAUGCAGAACAAUCUCCAGAAUCCAGACAGCUGAGAUGACCCAGUAUUGGUAAUGAAGGAAGGCCCCUCGUCUGGGUCUAAAGAGGAUUCUGCCACAGUAUUGUUGAUCACAGAGGCAGAUGCCUUACAGGGACUGAAAUACUUGGCUUUUCAAAGAUGCCACAUACAAGAACAAUGUGCUGGAUGGGAAAUACACACCUCCUACUGACAUUAACAUUGAAAUAAAGUGAAUUAACACAA